AGAAUUUACGUGGAAAUAACGUCGAUUCAACCAGUGUGUGCCCAAUGGGUUUGAAUUAUGUCCGUUUAGGAUACUCAUUACCUGUGAUUAUGAAGGCGACAUAGAUUUUCGACGGUCCUCCAAUUUGUCGUGACUCUCCGUUUUCAGGAGAACAGUGGGUUUUCGAUUUUGGAUAUUUUUUUUUACCUGGGGCUCGCGUGUCGAGCCCAUAGUUGAGCGAAAGACAAUGCCGUCCGCAGGCUGCGGGGCUAGUGAGUGAGCAGUGUGUCCGCGCACAUCCAGUACGCUGCUGCCACUGCACUCAGAUAGUUGUGGAAUGUCGAGCACUGGAAAGUUAAGAGGAAUGAAAACGAUGGAUAAUGAAACUAUUUACGGGACAUUUUAUCUGGAUACCUGGGAAUAAUCUGGACUGGAGAUAAAGAGCAAUACCUUGGACACAUCUGCACAAUAUACAUGUAUGAAUUAAUGUAUUUAGAGAUAUAGUAGCCUACCUAUUUGAAAAGACUGCCAGUGCAAUAUUUUAUAUUUAUAUCGAUGUUUCUAUUAUUUGGAUGACAAAUAUGUUUGAGUUGAGCAUUCAGCAAGUUAUCAUUUUAUUCACCUUACCUACAUAUUUGUCAUCAUGGCGCACGUAUGCAACCUCGUGCAUUGGACCAGCCAUAAUCAGCACCCUCAGCAAUAUCUUGACAUCUCGCUCAUAGAAGAUUUUGAGACGAUUCAAGUGAUCUACACUCAGGUUAAUCUACCGGGGAGAUGGCGGCGGCGCUCGCCAGCUCCCUGAUACGUCAGAAACGUCAAGCAAGAGAGGGAAACAGCGAAAAGGUCGCCACUUCCAAACGGCGCACCAGUCCCAGCAAAGACCCCCGCUCCUUGUGCGAGAGGCAUAUAUUUACAGUCUUCAGCAAAGUUCGGUUCUGCAGCGGCAAGAAAAGACCAGUCCGCAGGAAACCAGAGCCGCAGCUGAAGGGCAUUGUGACGCGACUGUUCAGCGAGCAGGGCUUCUACCUGCAGAUGAAGCCGGACGGCACCAUAAAUGGGACCAAGGACGAGAACAGCGACUACACUCUGUUUAACCUCAUCCCGGUGGGGCUGCGGGUGGUAGCCAUCCAGGGGGUGAAGGCCGGCCUCUACGCAGCCAUGAAUGGAGAGGGCUUCCUCUACACCUCAGACUUGUUCACAGUAGAGGCGAAAUUCAAGGAGUCUGUGUUUGAGAACUACUACGUCAUCUACUCAUCAACAUUGUACCGGCAGCACGAAUCUGGCAGGGCCUGGUACAUGGGCCUCAACAAGGAUGGCGUGGUCAUGAAGGGCAACCGGGUGAAGAAGACAAAGCCCUCUUCACACUUUGUGCCCAGACCCAUCGAAGUUUGCAUGUACAAAGAGCCAUCGCUGCAUGACAUCGAGGAGAAGGGCCGCUCACGGAAAGACUCAGGAACUGAGGCUCCCGCUCUCCUAAACGGAGGAGAAAAAGUGGCGGGCCAGGACUCCACAGGGCAGGACGGUGGCUCAUAGCCUGCACAUUGCCCCAUUGAUUUCUUACACCUUGUUCAACGACAACAACAACGACGAUAAAUGAGAACACAACAAAAUAUAAAAAAUAAACACAUUUUAAAAUCAGGACGUUGAAUUGACAUUUUAUGCAAAAGCCUGAUGCGAGUGUGGCACCAGGAAGCUCAUCCUCCUUAUCAUGACAAUGUCAAUGUUUCAAAGUCAAACUCUAAAAUAAGCUUUAAACCAUGCUAUAUCACACAUCUUGAUUUAAUGAAUGCGAAAGCACUUUCAUUGUGUUGUUAUAAUCAUGAAUAAGAAUUGUAUUGUAAUUGAUUUAGGGCUCUAUUCAAUCUGAUCGACUUUUGUCGGGAUACGCAUAGCGGUCGUCUUGGCGGUGUCGGAGAUGGAACUGCGCUAGAGCUGUCAAAUCGACAUGCAGCUCCUGGCAUUAUACCUAAAGCAGACAUUGCCAUUAAGAGAAAUCCCAUGCAGCCUUGUUUACAAGUUCGAACACAGGAAUGUGAGAUUAGGCUGAUAGAAAUCCUCAUAAUUUCGUUUAAAGAUUUUCAAUUUGAGCGUCAUAUUUUCUCUAUCCUACACUUUCUCAUUCUGAACUCGGGUGUGGCUUCAUGACAAUGAUCAAGAGCAGCUGCUCACAGAUUUGACAGAUCCAACACAGUUACACCUCCGACACUGCCAAAACAUCAGCUAUGGGGGUGUCUGCUAUCGCCGGUUAAAGCUUGAACUGAUUGACUCUAGGCCUAAGACUCUUUCCCCCCUCCCUAUCAUUACGAUAAUUUUCCUUUUGGGUUGGAGGAGGGGAGUCAUGGCGGGGUAAAGGCAGGGGGAGGUUUGAGGGUCUCUUCUACAGACACUGCUUUCAUAGGGGAAUAGGCGUGUAUCACAAAUCCUGCUCUCUGAUUUGAUAUGAUGCUCAUUGGGAAUGGGAAGGGGAUGGGCCAGGGGUAUCACUGGGGUAGGGAGUUUAGCUACCUGUCCAAAGGUAGGCUGGUCACGUGGUACAGUUUAGUAUUAUUGUUAUCCACUUGAGCUGUUAGUGCAGCCACUGUUCUCCUGCACUCACAGAGCAGUCACGCUGGUACAGAAGUUUCUGUGAGACAGACAUAUGUAGAGUUCCGAUACUGUACAGGAGUCAAGGAUUCAUAUAAAAAAAAAUUACGCCAAGAAACAGUGUACAGAGUAUGAAACUCUGAAAAGUAAGUCUUAUUAUUGGUGUGAGGCUUUUUUUUUUUUUUUAGUUUAGUUUUUUAGUUUAGUUUUAGUUUUUUUAAUAGUUUGCUACAGUAAUGAGCAUUUGAACAAAAGACCCAGAAAAAUAUUUGAUUGUGAGCAUUGUGAUGGUCACUCUUGAAGGAUCCUGAGUGAGGGGACAGCUAAGGCUAACGAAAGAGGUCAAACCCUGAUGUCAGCUUUCAUGAUACUUACUGCUGCCAUCAAAACCUGAGUUCCAUGCCCAGUUAUACGUUCAGAUAUCAUCCAGGAAUUGAAGGAAUCCCUUCAUAUUUCAUUGGGACCUCCACUUAUUAUAGCUAUUUAUAUUUUAGAGUGCUCUACUAAAAGCACAGACUGCAUUCUCGACCAUCCAAAUCAUACAAUGUGUCAUUGUAUGAACCUCAGCAUUCCUGUGUGAUAAUUUGCACUACUGGGAAUCUGUUAUACACUGCCCUAAUUCAUUGUAGACUCUGGAUCCGCUGCUGGGAAUAUCUACACACACUGCCCUAUAUCCUAUUGUCUUAUCUCCAUACUCAUAACAGUUCAACUCAUCAUAACUCACCACAGUCCACCAACACUGGGGGAGAGUUUUUAGAUACAUUCAAAUUAGACUAUUAAGGAGUCAUGAGGUCUAUGAGGUUGUCUCUGAUUGGCUGCUGUGCUGAAGGAGGCCCAACCUGAAGGCGGGGUUCCCACCUGAAUUUUCUUUGUGUAAAUUGGUGAUUUUGCAUUUCAUCGUUAUACUACUACUCCACUAAGGGAAAAAAAUAUCCAAUCACUCCAUACUGCCUCUGAGAAGUCUUCCAUUGGGGGAAAAUGACACCAGCACUAGGACUACUUGUGUUGGAGGGUUGGGCUCAUUGAAAUUAGGUCAGGUCCAUGGCAUGCAGGCAAUGGUAUGAGGGCAAAAAUAAAAUAUGUACCAGUAUUUUUGGAUGUCUCAUAAAGGAGAUGGGCCCUUUGUCGAUCUCACCCUGACCAUGGAGGGUAAAACUGAAGGGUGAGAUUAAUGCCAUAUUUACGGUAAAUGGUCUUUGUUUGCUAAUGUUUGCUCCUUUAUUGAAACACAUUCAUAUGCAUCAUAUAAUAGAAAAACAUCGCAAAUAAACAGCAGGAUGAAAAAAUAUAAUUGAUCAAUAAAAAACAUUGU